AUGACGCGGAACCAGCAUCUUCCCCCUGGUGAUCGUGCAACCAUGGUCCCUUCACACACGGGCGAGAACGUCUUUCCCAAUCUGCCAUUCUUCGAGAAGCUAUUGCGAUUUGCACACCGGAGUCCGCCGCGUAUCGCAAUUCGCGAUGUCAAUUUGGGAGUUGAGAAGACGUAUUUGCAGCUUUUUACAGACGCGAUUGCUCUGCGGAGCGUGCUUAGGCGUACCUUAAAUGCAGAUGUCCUGCAAGAGAUAUACCAUGGUCACGAGGUGUUCAUUGCCUUGAUUGCCCCGGGUGGGUAUGAGUACGCAGUUGCGUUUAUUGCUAUCAUUGCACUCGGGGCAGCGGUGGUGCCGAUAACACCGGCACUGCCUGUGGAAGAGGCAAAGUCCCUCGUCGUCCGUUCAGGCUGCGUCGCGAUUAUCUCCUCAGAUAGCGCAACAUCACUCGCACAGCGCAUCGCAACCAGCCUGUCGCCCAGCCAAACCAUCGCAACCCUUCCAAUAGCCCCUUCCCUGCGCUCGACCCCGCUCCCCGCUACAAGUAUAACAAUCUCCUCGAACCCAGUCCCAAACAUCAACACCGCAGCCCUCGUAAUCUUCACCUCCGGAACAACCGGCCCACCAAAGGGCGCCGUGCAACGGCGGAGCUACCUCACCUCCGCAGCGGAAGACGUCGCAGACCAGUACCGGAUCACGGAAGAAGACACCGUUCUGCAUGUUCUCCCCGUGCACCACGCCACAGGAAUCGGGAUAACGUUCUUGCCGUUUCUGAUGAGCGGUGCGUGUGUUGAAUUCCGCUCUGGAUCGUUUGAUCCCGCGUGGACGUGGGAGCGGUGGAAGAGGGUUGGGAUUACGGUGUUUUCGGGCGUUCCGACGAUUUAUAUGCGGAUGAUGCGGUAUUUUGAAACGCAUAUCUCGGCGCUUCCGAUGGUCGAGCAGAGGGCGUAUAUCGAUGGUGCGAGGAUGCUACGUGUCUUGCUCUGUGGGACGUCGGCGCUGCCGAAGCCCGUGUGUGACUUUUGGAGCGGGAUUUUGGAUGGCAGGAGUAUCCUCACUCGGUACGGCGGGACGGAGUUUCAUGCUGUGUUGAAGGCUGGUCUUGACGGUGGGACGCCGGUGAAUAGUGUUGGGACAGUGUCUCCGGGUGUGAGUUUGAAGCUCACUGAGGAGGGAAUGAUACUGGUCAAGGGGCCGAAUUUGUUUUCCAAGUACCUCAACGACGAAGCUGCAACAGCCUCCGCCCACGACAGCGAAGGCUACUUCAUAACGGGCGACAUUGCCCGGCGCGAAGGAAAUAACUACUUUAUCCUCGGCCGGGCCUCAAUAGACAUUAUCAAAAGCGGCGGGUACAAGCUCUCCGCACUCGACAUUGAGCGCGAGAUCCUGGGCUUGGAUUACAUCGGCGAGGUGAUGGUCGUUGGGGUCGAGGACGAAGAGUUCGGACAGCGCGUUGCGGCGGCUGUUACGCUGAAGGAGGGUAUGUUGAAGAAAGGAUUGUCGCUUGCAAGGCUGAGGAGUGACCUUAGGGAGAGGUUGGCUGGGUAUAAGAUGCCGACGGUGUUGAGGGUGUUGGAGGGGGAGAUUCCGAAGUCGGGAACGGGGAAGGUGCAGAAGAAGAUGUUGGGACCAAGGUAUUUUGGAGAUGCGUAUAGAGGGGAUCCCGGGGUGCAGGUUUGGGAGAAGGAGGUCAAGGCUAAAUUGUGA